GCGGACGAAAUCUAGACGAGAACGAGUUUAUGUUAAGCUGACAUUGGCGCCAAAGUGAUCUUGAAUUAAUGCAAUUCAGUAUUCACUAUUUAGUGGCUGUCUUGCUGUUAUCAGUGAACAAAAUUAAAAAAAAUGAGUGAAAACAGUGAUCCAAACAGUGUUGAAAAUGCGAUCAAACCAGAAGUAUCUCAUGAGGACUUGGAGAAUGACAAAAUUACAAAAAGAGAAGAUUUGACUAGUUAUUUUAAAAAGCGAGAUCAUAGUAUCAAUCAUCUAUACCAAUCUGAGGUACCACCAAUUUGUAAAGAUGAACCAUGUCAUCUCGGUGUUGACGAAGCAGGUCGAGGUCCUGUUCUUGGUCCCAUGGUUUAUGGAAUUGCAUAUGCUCCUGUGUCUAAAAAGGAAAUUUUAGUUGACAUGGGUUGUGCUGAUUCAAAAAGCUUGACCGAACAAAAAAGAGAUGCUAUUUUUGACAAAAUAUGUGCCAAUGGUGACAAAAUGGGAUGGGCAAUAGAUUCCAUUUCACCAAAUUAUAUUGCGAACUGUAUGUAUCGAAGGACAAAAACAUCUCUUAAUGAAAUAUCUAUGAAUUCUGCUAUCGGCUUAAUAAAGAAAACUAUAGAUGCUGGAGUUUUUAUAACUGAAAUUUACGUGGACACUGUUGGCCCACCAGAAAAGUAUCAAGCAAAAUUAAAAGUUCUUUUUCCUGGAAUAAAAAUUACUGUGGCAAAGAAAGCUGAUUCUACCUAUCCAAUUGUAAGUGCUGCCAGUAUAUGUGCUAAAGUUUCAAGGGAUCAUGCGCUGAGAGCAUGGCAAUUUAAAGAAACUCAAAAUGAGACAGCAUAUGGAAGCGGAUAUCCAAAUGAUCCAGCUACUAAAUCUUGGCUUGCUAGCAAUGUUGACCCAAUUUUUGGAUUUCCACAACUUGUCAGAUUUAGUUGGUCUACUGCUGAAAAAAUUCUUGAAGAAAAAGCCAUUUUUGUAGAAUGGGAAGAUCCAGAUGAAGAAGAUAUGUCAGUAGCUCCAAUGAAAAUUUCAUCUUUCUUUGCCAAAAAUCCAAAUAAAUCUAAAGAAAACAUUAGACCGAGACAUGCUUUUUUUACAAGCAGAUGUUUGUCUAAUACUAUAGAGUUUUGAACUUGUAUUGCUGUUCACUAUCUUUUAAACAGAUUAAGCUUUUUGUUGUUAAAUUUAUACUAUUAUUUAUUUAUUGUGAAAUUCAAAGACCCUUUGGAAAAAUUAUGAACUUAUUUUUUAUCUUUCUUAAUCAAUGAUCAAAAAAUGUAACUGUAUUCUGUAUUCUCUUUGUACCAUAAAA